UCCGCCGGUAGUGAUCAUCCAAAACCUGAAGGUGGCAGUAAUGCAACAUCGUGAAGGCCAACUGCCGUAAAACCUCGAAGAAGAAUAGCCGUGGGGUGAGGGUGCUGCCUGGGCGGAGCUCUCACGAGGAAGAGGAACACAACAACAUAACUUUGCUAGCUAGUCAGAAAUAUCAAAGUAAUAAUCGUAGAAAUGCAUUUCAUCCUCCCUUACGUGUAGACCCUAGGUGCCUGAGCUCGAGUGUUUACAUGAAGCCUUUGGAUAAGACCGGUACUAUAUACUACUGAGCGACGCUAUGGAGGAGACGAGUCGGGAGGCGGUUGCCACGGCGGUGCAGCGGGUGGCAGGGAUGCUGCAGCGAUCGGACCAGCUGGACAAAGUGGAGCAGUACAGAAGAAGAGAGGCUCGGAAAAAGGCCUCUGUGGAAGCCAGGCUGAAGGCAGCCAUCCAGUCCCAGCUGGAUGGCGUUCGCACCGGACUGACCCAGCUGCACAGUGCUCUGCUGGAUGUCAAAGACAUCCAGGGCUCACUGGCUGAUGUGAGUAAAGACUGGAGGCAGAGCAUCAACACCAUAGAGAACCUGAAGGACGUCAAGGAUGCUGUAGUUCAACACAGUCAGCUGGCCUCAGCUGUGGAAAACCUUAAAAACAUUUUCUCUGUACCAGAGAUUGUGGCAGACACGCAGCAGCUGAUAGAGCAGGGAGAGCUGCUGCAGGCCCACAGGAAGCUGAUGGAGCUGGAGUGUUCACGGGAUGACCUCAUGUAUGAACAGUACCGUAUGGACAGCAAGAACACCAGCGACAUGAACCUCAUCUCCAUCUACUUUGAAGAUGUUCAGGGGUUGUCAGAUGAACUGGCCAAGCAAUUAUGGAUGAUACUGCAGAGGUCCAUGUUGACAGUUCGCCGUGACCCGACUAUGUUGGUGUCAUCGGUUCGCAUCAUUGAGCGGGAGGAGAAGAUUGAUCGACGGAUGGUCGACCGUAAGAAGCAGACGGGCUUCAUCCCGCCUGGACGCCCCAAACGGUGGAAGGACAAGAUGUUUCAGGUGUUGGAGGGUACAGUCGGCACCCGCAUUGAGGGCACCCAGGCAGUGACAAAAGAGGCUGAUAAAAUGUGGCUGGUUCGUCUUUUAGAAAUAACCAGGAAAUAUGUUCUGGAUGACCUCAUCGUUGUCAAGAACCUCAUGGUGCAGUGCUUCCCCCAGCACUACAACACUUUCAACAGGUUUUUUGGCCUCUACCACAAUGCUGUGUCCUCUCGUGUCAAAGAACUGGCCUCUGAGGAUUUAGAGGCUAAUGAGAUCGUAUCCCUGCUAACCUGGGUCCUCAAUACAUAUAAGAGUGCGGAGAUGAUGGGCCACCCAGAGCUGUUUUCAGAGUGUGACAUCAACCAGCUGGAGCCUUUGCUGCCCCAAGAUGUGGUGGAUGACCUGCUCAGCAAAUAUGUCAAGACUUUCACAUCUAAUAUAACAGGCUGGCUGAGGAAAGCCCUGGAAACGGACAAGAAGGACUGGCAGAAAGAAACAGAGCCUGAAGCGGACCAAGAUGGAUACUACCAGACCACACUGCCUGCCAUAGUCUUUCAGUGUUUGAGCAGAAUCUGCAAGUUGGGCCAGAUUGAAAACUUUUUCAAAAGCAAGUCUGAAGCUCUCCUAAAAAAGAUGCCAUUUUCCCUUUCAGGUACAGGAGGGGCGGGGGCCCUACAAAGGGACACUGAGAGACAACAGAGCCUGGGGGAGGAACACAUCCAGGCGUUGCUGGCGGUGCGUGGCGACGCCAGCAGGGAAAUGCGCCAGAUGAUCAUAGGGACACUCAGCGAAAACAAAGUGUCCUACUCUGGUGUUACACAGCCCAUCUUCAAAGACAUCACCGUGCCCACCAUGACCAUGACGACCAUGACGACCAUGACCUCCAUGGCGACUGCAAAGCUGCUCAAAUAAAGCCAACAACCCUAACACUAUUUUCACCUUCAGCACCUUCAGGCACGAUAA